AUGACACUGCUCUUCUCUUACCCUUUGCCUGUAUCUUCUCAUUAUCUCCCUUAUCCCUUCCAAUACAACUCAGAUGAUCCGUUAUCUCAUGACACUGCUCUUCUCUUACCCUUUGCCUGUAUCUUCUCAUUAUCUCCCUUAUCCCUUCCAAUACAACCAAUGUUAUCCAUUUCAGUUCAUAUCUAUCUGUCUGUCUCAGUCUGUUCAUAUCUAUCUAUCCAUCUCAGUCUGUUCAUAUCUAUCUAUCUAUCUAUCUAUCUAUCUAUCUAUCUAUCUAUCCAUCUCAGUCUGUUCAUAUCUAUCUAUCCAUCUCAGUCUGUUCAUAUCUAUCUAUCUAUCUAUCUAUCUAUCUAUCUAUCAUCUCAUCUAUCUAUCUAUCUAUCUAUCUAUCUAUCAUCAUCUCAUCUGUUCAUAUCUAUCUAUCCAUCUCACUCUGUUCAUAUCUAUCUAUCUAUCUAUCUAUCUAUCUAUCUCAGUCUGUUCAUAUCUAUCUAUCUAUCUCAGUCUGUUCAUAUCUAUCUAUCCAUCUCAGGUUGUUCAUAUAUCUAUCUAUCUAUCUAUCUAUCUAUCUAUCUAUCUCAGUCUGUUCAUAUCUAUCUCAGGUUGUUCAUCUAUCUAUCUAUCUAUCUAUCUAUGUCUGUUCAUAUCUAUCUCAGUGUGUUUCUUAUCUAUCUAUCUAUCUAUCUAUCUAUCUAUCUAUCUAUCUAUCUAUCUAUCCAUCUCAGGUUGUUCGUAUCUAUCCAUCUCAGGUUGUUCAUAUCUAUCUCAGAUUGUUCAUAUCUAUCUAUCUAUCUAUCUAUCUAUCUAUCUCAGAUUGUUCAUAUCUAUCUAUCUAUCUAUCUAUCUAUCUAUCUCAGUCUGUUCAUAUCUAUCUCAUGUUGUUCAUCUAUCUAUCUAUCUAUGUCUGUUCAUAUCUAUCUCAGUGUGUUUCUUAUCUAUCUAUCUAUCUAUCUAUCUAUCUAUCUAUCCAUCUCAGUCUGUUCAUAUCUAUCUAUCCAUCUCAGGUUGUUCAUAUCUAUCUAUCCAUCUCAGGUUGUUAAUAUCUAUCUCAGAUUGUUCUAUCUAUCUAUAUCUAUCUAUCUAUCUAUCUCAUCUAUCUAUAUCUAUCUAUCUAUCUAUCUAUCUAUCUAUCUAUCUCAGUCUGUUCAUAUCUAUCUCAGGUUGUUCAUCUAUCUAUCUAUCUAUCUAUCUAUCUAUCUAUCUAUCUAUCUAUGUCUGUUCAUAUCUAUCUCAGUGUGUUUCUUAUCUAUCUAUCUAUCUAUCUAUCUAUCUAUCUAUCCAUCUCAGUCUGUUCAUAUCUAUCUAUCCAUCUCAGGUUGUUCGUAUCUAUCUUUCUCAGAUUGUUCAUAUCUAUCUAUCUAUCUAUCUUUCUAUCUAUCUAUCUAUCUAUCUAUCUAUCUAUCUAUCUCAGUCUGUUUAUAUCUAUCUAUCCAUCUCAGGUUGUUCAUAUCUAUCUCAGAUUGUUCAUAUCUAUCUAUUCAUCUAUCUAUCUAUCUAUCUAUCUAUCUAUCUAUCUAUCUAUCUAUCUAUCUCAGUCUGUUCAUAUCUAUCUCAUGUUGUUCAUCUAUCUAUCUAUCUAUGUCUGUUCAUAUCUAUCUCAGUGUGUUUCUUAUCUAUCUAUCUAUCUAUCUAUCUAUCUAUCUAUCUAUCUAUCUAUCUAUCUAUCUAUCUAUCUCAGUCUGUUCAUAUCUAUCUAUCUAUCUAUCUAUCUAUCUAUGGCAGUUAUUACUAUGGUUCCAUAUUUCUCAAUAG